AUGGCCCACCAAGCCUCUGCUGGACAAUUGGCGCAAGUACCACUCGGCUUCCAUCCUAGACCUCAUUAUGGAAGGGACCAGCUGCAAAAGUACUUCGAGCGAAUUCGACUCCCACAGCAACAUUGUGCAACCCCCAUACUGGAUGACCCACAGCUGGCAGGCACGAAGGGACAUGGCUUACCUCUUCUGGCCGCGCUCCAUCGCUAUCAUCUGGCCAACAUCCGCUUCGAGAACCUUGAACUCCAUUAUUCUGCACACCGAAAGAUAUCGCUAAAUAUGGAUGAUCUCUUUGACAAGUUCGCGGUGCGUGGUGGGAAGUACGGACGCGGAGGACAUUGUAUGGAGAACAACGGCCUGUUUGGCACCGUCCUCCGAAGCCUGGGCUACGAAGUCAGAAACUGCGCUGGGCGAGUGAGCAGAUCGUGGAGUCCCGAUGCAGAGACACGAACGCAGCAGUGCGAGACUUACGACAACUGGAAUCAUGUGCUAAAUCUUGUCAAAGUCGAUGGCCAAUGGUGGGUCGUCGAUGUCGGCAUGGGAUCCAUGGGCCCAGCUGUCAUCUAUCCUCUCGAAGACGGAUUCGAGUCUAUCGCUGUACCACCGAGGAGGAUCCGUCUCCAGAAGCGAAGUAUUCCAGAGACAUAUGCCCACAAUAAAGAUCAAGCACCAAAGCUAUGGUGCUAUGACCAGUGUCUUGCGCCGGACAAACCUGGGAAAGACAGCUGGAUUCCAACCUACUGCUUCACCGAGACAGAGUUCCUACCACAAGACUAUGAGAUGAUGUCCUGGUACACGUCGACGAACCCAAAAAGCUUCUUUACGUACAGUAUCCUCUGCACCAAACUCCUGCUGAGCGAGGACGAGUCACAUAUCAUCGGUGACGUUACCUUGUUCAACGACGGGUAUAGGAAGACUGUCGCUGGUCAAAGAGAUACUCCUGUCCAGCUGAAGACAGAGCAAGAGCGGCUGGAUGCGAUGAAAGAGGUGUUUGGGCUUGAGUUCACGGAGGAGGAGAAGAAUGGCAUAUCAGCAGAGAAACGACUGGCUUAG